GGGGACAGUACACAGUCAGUAUACAGUCAAGAUGACGUCAUGGGUUUUUCCCCACAUAGGUCAUUGAGGUCAGGGGUGAGUACACAGUCAAGGGGGAGUAUACAGUCAAGGGGGAGUAUACAGUCAAGGGGGAGUAUACAGUCAAAGGGGAGUAUACAGUCAGAGGGGGAGUCCACAGUCAAAGGGGAGUAUACAGUCAAGGGGAAGUCUACAGUCAAGAGGUAGUCUCACUUACGUCAUAAGGGAGUCUUUUUUAAAAAUAUGAAUAAAUACCCUGUAAAUCUCAGUUGCGUUGGCAUAACGAUGGCAACUCAGGAAAAGCAGUACAAAUGGAAAAUUUUGGCCUGGAGUGCUUUAAGAAAAAAUGAAAAGAAAUGGACUUUACAAGAAAGUCAAUGGUUUGACAGAAAAGAAGAUUGCAUUGUUGAUUUUAAGGAAAAAAUGAGAAAUGGUUAUGACAUUGCAGACAGCUGGGGAUCUGAAGAAUACAUAUUGAAACGUAGAAUUAUGCCGAAAAAAUACUUUCCACAGACCUUGAGAGAAUCGGAUUUUUACAGUUCAAGAUGACAUCAUAGGGUAUUGAAAACCCCGCCCACAGAGGUCAUACGUUAUGUAUAUAUAUAAAUGGGAAUACGGUGGUUUAGCAAAAUCAUUUUGAUCAAAGAUGGCUGAACAAGUGGUAAUGAUGGAACUUCUAACAAGUGAUUGUGGAAAUGAUUGCAAAGGGAUGUUAAAAGAGAAGUUGAAGAAAAAAAUCGGGAUUGUAGUACCUAGCUUUUUUGCAGUUGUUCUUAUUAUUUCUUUGUGCAUCGCUGUCAGUGUUUUACACGAGAAGAAAAAACCUAAUCAGGUAGACUGUGUUUUACGCCCUACUUUGGAAAAAGAUGUUAUUAAAACAUGUUCAUACGUGGAUCGGUACCCACUCUCGAACGAAGUAUAUGCCAUGAUAUGCAUCAACGACACCAUACAGAUUGACAUACGACGAUUUCAUGCUGGAAAACCGGGGAACAAAGGAAUUACCUUGAGUAAAACACAGUGGCAGUACCUUAAAACAUCUGUCGAUCAUAUGGAUGAAUCUAUUUUAAAAGCACAGAAUCGUAUAUAAAGUGAUGCAUGAAUAAAAUGUUGAAUUGUCAAAGCUUGAAACUAUGGGCAAGACUGUGACAUUUUCAGACAAGAAAACGAUUAUCUAUAUUCCCUAUGAAGAUCGAAAGGGGGAAUGGAUGACCAUGGCUUUGGACAGAUAUCGUUUUCAAAGAAGAAUACAUCAUGCAUCAAAAGUUUUAAAUCCUAUACUGGAGAAAAAUGUACAAAUAAUGCGUACUCAAUUUCAUACACAAAACUUGGAAACCCAUAAUGUUAAAGAUCUGUAAUGUCAAAAUCUACAGCCAGUGUUUUCUACAGUCAAAUUGAAGUCUACAGUCACUGACGUCGUGGGGUAGUAUACAGUCAGAGGGUAGUCUACAGUCAGAGGGUAGUCUACAGUCACUGAUGUCAUGGGGGAGUAUAUAGCCAAAGGGGAGUAUAUAGCCAAAGGGGAGUCUACAGUCAGAGGGGAGUCUACAGUCAAGGCGAAGUCUACAGUCACGAACCACGUGAUUAAAUGAUGUAUAAAUUUGAUCGAUUUGAAUGAUUUUCACCAGUCCUGAACAAGUCUCAGAGAGGAUACGGGUUAACUUCAUUUUUUUUAUUGUGAGAGUUUUGAUGUGGACAGAGAUGGAGGAUAAACAUCAAAACCUUAUUAAGGCAAACUACACUAUAUUGGUGAAGAAGAUGAUGGCAAUUCGAGUCGCGGAACAUUUGUAUGCUUCAAACAUAAUUACCGACGAAAUGAGGCAACGCAUAGAAGCCGAGAAAACCAGUUACGACCAAAGCAGAAAACUGAUUAGUAUCAUUUUACGUCGAGGAUCGAGGGCUUUUGUGGGAUUCCGAAUGGCCUUAAUGAAAGCCAAUCAAGCUGAUUUAUCGAGACUCUUGAUGAAUAAUGACGAUGAUACGAAGUCUGAAUACGAAAAGAAAUUAGCUAUGGCAAGAUCUUUAGUCAUUCCUACCAAAGAAAGAGGAGAUUCCGGAAACCAAUCAAAGAAAGCUACACACCCUCAGUCUCAGGAGCCAAGAUGUAGGAUAAGUCUGGAUGACUUUAAUGACCUGUUCCUCACCGUCAUGCCUUACAAGGGAACGGUUUACGUUCACAUUCGCCAUCUCGCAGAAUCCCAUGGUCGUCUCAUUGCCACAAAGAAAGGAGUCACCUUUCCUUUGGCUCGUUGGUUAAAAUUUGAAUCCCUUCUUCCAGAUAUCCAAGACUACAUAGACAACAUUGGAAAGGAGAAUGGAGAAGUGCAGUGGCAUAUUGGCGGAGGCGUGUUCGUCUCAUUGUCACCUGGCUACCCUACAGUGGAUAUAAGACACUUUUGGAAGCCCGACGAUGCCCCAGAACCCAUACCGACAAAGAAGGGUGUCACUUUGAACGGAAACAAACUAGCCAGACUUAGAGAUGCCCUUGAAGAAAUGCAUGAAUCUGUUCCAGAGUUCAAAGACACCGAACUCUGUAUGUUCAGCGAAUCUCAUCAAAAUCAACUUGGAAUGUUAGACUGUCCCGAAUGUACCCCGUUCGGUUACGAUGCCCAAGACAAUAUGUCCAAGGAAUGCAAUGUGGGAGAUUUACAGGACGUGAAAUCGAUUGAGAGUGAUCUUGAUUGACCUAAUGACCAUGAACACUGAAUUCAAAAUUAAUGAUGAGAAUAAUUAUAUAUACACAUGUUUGUUUUUCAUUCGAAAUCUAAUAAAAAUGAAUAGUAAUUAGUUGCCUGUCUUAAUUGGUUUGUUACUUGAAUAUAAAAGGUGAUAAUCAAAGAUGGAUCAUCAUUGGAACGCAGUAUGUCAAACUACACGGAUUACUUGAAGGAUCUCUACUACACUCCCGGUAAACCGGGAGCAUUUGCUGGUCCCGAAAAAUUGUAUCAAGCCGUUAAACAGGAAGGCAAAUACAAGAUUGGCAGAAGGAGAAUAAGACAAUUUUUAAACAACGAAGACUCAUAUAGUCUUUAUAAGCCUAUUCGUAAGACGUUUCCGCGCUCUAAAGUAAUAGUGAACACAAUCGACUCUAUGUGGGAUGGUGACUUAGCCGACGUCAGUAAUAUUGCAUCUCACAACGACGGUUACAAAUUCUUAUUGGUUUUAAUUGACAUAUUUAGUCGAUAUUUAUUUAUAGUCCCCUUGACAAAUAAACAUCAUCAAAACAUCAUCGAUGGUUUAAAAUCAGUUUUUCAAACUGGACGAAAACCACACACCCUUAGAACAGACAAAGGUAGCGAAUUCAAAAAUCGUUGGGUAAAGACGUUUCUGAAAAAAGAAGGAAUUAACGUGAUAUACACACAAAAUGAAACCAAAGCAAAUUAUGCGGAGAGAGUGAUUCGUACCAUGAAGAACCUUAUGUAUCGCUAUUUCAUGAAAAACAAAACUUACCGAUUUGUGAAUGUGUUGCAAGACUUGGUGAAAAGUUACAACAACAGACCUCACAGAUCUUUGGGUGGCAAUGCUCCCCUUACUGUCAACCAGGGAAAUGCUGAUGAAAUAAGACUCGAUGCUUAUCUUGCGGGAACAAAACCAAAAUCGGAUCUGAGAAAAAAGA